AUGAACUCAAGCAUGCCAGGGUCUUUUCCUGGGUCCUAUGACUCUGUUUCGGAACAGAGAGACUCCUCUUUGAUGGUGACACAAAUCAUCAAGGUGCGAAAUAGUCUCAAGCUAGAAUUUUUGGACACACUGAACAUACUUCUAUUACUGGAGUUAAUAGUCAUUUAUCUCCAAGAUCAAUCAUUCUUCAAGCUGGUGAUCAGAAUUUCGCUACAAUUGUUUCUUGCAGGCGUCAAUUCGCAUACAUUGCGCCAAUGGAUCGAGUACAAUCUCUUGUCCACAGGACAGACAGUCACCGAAGAAACAUUAACGACCCAAUUAAUCUAUUUCCAGAAAGCAGUCCUGGUGGAGGUGAUCUUGAUAAACAGCAUAGCGCUUGCGGACCAUCUUUUCUUUUACCGCGAUCAUAGUCGCCUACCAGAUAUUCCGCAUGAUUCGCUAGUAUCGUAUCUGAAUCUACACACACAAUAUAGCAUCGAGUUCUACGAGUCCAAAAACACGUUCCGCUACAACUCUAUUUUCAUAAACAUCAUAGGAGAGGCUAGACCCACUAAUAAAACUGGACUGCUUAUCUUAGACGUUCUAGUCUUUUUGGGGCAGUACAUUACGUACAGUCUGAUCUAUUGGCCCGAAAAAUCAGAGCCCCCCAAAUCGACUACAGAGCAAUCUUUGCUGCUCCGCGGAAACGAAAACGAAAUGCAGGAGGCUAUAACGAUAUUCAAUGUGGAGUUGUUUCCAGCAACCACGUUUACAGGUCUUUGGAGCCGCUUGACAAUGUAA